CUCAUUCAAGGUGACCUAUUAGGGUACAAGAUUAUGGAAACCCAAGACGAAUCAUCACUGGAAUUUUUAAACAUUCACUGCGGUAUUACAUGUCAGCGAGUGACCGAUAUUAUACUGCAGGGAUAAGAAAAAUAAAUGUAAAAAAUGUAGCCAGUCGAUUGAAGUGGCAGAAAGAUGUGUUUAGGGAAAGGUUUGACCUUGAGCUUAAUCAGAGAGCAUAUGUGAGUAAGCUGGGACUGGGACAGAUGCAGGUAGACAGUUUAACAGUAAUUAAUGAAUGCAGUGUCAGAGCUGCUGUUGGAUCAGGCUUGGAAGGGCGUGGAUGCUGGUACAGCCGAGCGAUCGUCACAUGGCCGCAGGCUGCCACGCGCCUGGUCAAAUGACCCCCCCCCAGUGUAGUCACUAACAUGGCACGUCACCCUGAGUAGAGAGAGGUGGCACCUGUCUUGAUCGUCAUGCACCCAGCCUGCCGACACCCUCCCACUGCGGCGUAGUCAGUAACGUGGCACGUUGCCUUGAGCAGAGAGAGGCGGCCCCUGGCUGAGACUCCCUUAAGAAACCUUCUGAACAAGCAGAACAAUGCAGAUUCCUUAUUGACCGAGAUCACAUACUCACAUACCGCACGGCUUGUCAGACUGGUAAUGUGUGUGUGCGUGUGGGAGGAGUCCCGGGGAGAACCUCCUUUUAUCUGGAGCUAAUGCGACCGUCCCAGUUCCAACAUGAAGACAGAAAACACGAAAUGAAAGUCUUACAUCCUGAUUGUCACUGAAUCGGCCGAGUUCUUUGACAUGCUGGAGAGGAUGCAGGUAAGACUCCAUGCUCCCGGAUCACGGUGACCCAGAACCAAAUCCAUGCUCAGUGACUGAACUCAGUUAACAUUAACCCAGUGGCACACUCUUCACCAGUGAUGUUAAGGUCAACGUUAAACACUGAUAAGGAUUAAGAUAUGUGCUUCUUGGGUGUAGAUUAUGUUGUAUCAGCUUUCCAUUCAUUGUUAAAGCCAUGGCCAGUAAAAUUAUUUAAUUCCAGACACAAAAAUAUUCACAAGACGUACUUCAAACAUCCUUGAACUCCCGAUAUGGGGAAUUCACACUGCUGCCCAGAUUGAGUGUAGAAAACUCAUGAGCUGCCUUUCAGUUUGAAGAUGCUGUGUAUCCCAGGCAGCAAGUUCUGAAGGCCAGUGGGGCCGUAAGAACUUCUUAUGUAGUGUGAGAUGGAGCGGAUGACUCCCCCUGCUGGCUGGUUUGUGAUCAGCACCGCUGCUCAUAGUAGCACUGGAGACAGAUGACAACAGUGACAAUGACAGCUGUGCUGCUCUCCUGUCGCAUAAAAUGACUUGUGGUAGAAAUGCAUGAUGAACGAGCUGUUUCUGAUGGUGAGGAGGGCCUGUUGUCUGCUUUCAAAUGUCUAUGGGCUAAAACAAAUGUGUUUGGAAGAUUGUAGCUGUUGAUGUGAAGGUGUUGCUGUCAUGUCUGCCCCACAAAACCCACUCCACUCUUAAGCAGGCCCCAAAAACUGAGGAGAUGACAGCCUGCUCCCAGAAGCACAAGGACGACUACAUUCCAUACCCGCGGAUUGAGGAGGUCCUGGAGAAAGGCAGCCCAUACCCCCAGGUGAUCCUGCCCCAGUUCGGGGGCUACUGGAUCGAGGACACGGAAGCCAGCGCUGGCACCCCCACGUCCUCCGACAGCAGCCUGUGUGACGAGGACGAUGGAGAGGGACGUGGCCUAGGCUUUCGGCUGGAGUGUAACAGCACGGCCCGGGCAUACCGCAAGCACUUCCUGGGCAGGGAGCACCUCAACUUCUACUGCACGGCGAGUGGCCUGGGAAACCUCAUAAUGUCCCUGAAGCACGAGGAGGUGGAAGGGCAGGAAUACCUGCGGAUCAUUCUCAGGUCUCGCAUGAAGACACUGCAUGACCGCAUUCACCUGGAGGGCCUUUCCCAGCUGCCCAGCAUCCCUCAGAUAGCCAAGCUGUUCUGCGACGAUGUGCCUGGUCUGAAGUUCAGCCCAGUCCUGUACCCCAGAGCAUCCCAGCUCAUCGUUAGCUAUGAUGAGCAUGAGAUUAACAACACGUUCAAGUUCGGGGUGAUCUACCAGACGUUUGGCCAGACCACGGAGGAGGAGCUGUUCGGGAACAACACGGAGACUCCUGCCUUUAAAGAGUUCCUCAGUCUGCUGGGAGAUUGCAUGGACCUGCAGGAUUUUAAGGGGUUCCGUGGGGGGUUAGAUGUGUCCCAUGGUCAGACGGGUUCGCAGUCUGUCUACACGGUCUUCCGCCGCAGGGAGAUCAUGUUCCACGUCUCCACCAAGCUCCCAUAUACAGACGGCGACGCACAGCAGCUACAGCGGAAGCGGCACAUCGGCAACGACAUUGUGGCGGUCAUCUUCCAGGAAGAGUCCACACCCUUUGUUCCCGAUAUGAUCGCCUCCAACUUCCUGCAUGCCUACAUCCUGGUCCAGGUGGAGCACUCUUGCACAGCUCACACCACAUACAAGGUAUCUGUCACAGCGCGAGAGGAUGUCCCACCGUUUGGCCCGCCUCUCCCUAACCCAGCAGUCUUCAAGAAGGGUCCAGAAUUUCGUGAGUUCCUGCUGACCAAGCUGAUCAACGCAGAGACCGCCUGCUACAAGUCGGAUAAGUUCGCUAAGCUGGAAGGCCGGACACGGACUGCACUGCUGGAUAACCUCCACGAUGAACUACACUGCCAAACGCUGGCAGCACUGGGCCACGGCCUGGGGCUUGGCUCCGAUGAGGACAGGCUGGAGAAUGGCGGCCAUGGCGGAUUGCUGGAGUCCUUCAAGAGAGCCAUGCGGGUCCGUAGCCACUCCAUGGAGACAGUGACGGUGUCCCAUCGCCACCGGGGCCCAGGCGUCGGAAGCGGGCUGCCACAGAACAGCAUGGAGUGCACAAAAAGCACCUACACGCCCCCUGUGCUGUCGGCCAAGUCCCCACUGAGGAGCCCAGUAAAGCGGAGGUCAGGGCUGUUCCCGCGCCUCCAUUCCAGCUCGGAGAGCCAGGCGGACAGGCAUGCCCGCAGUGACCAGAAGAGCUCGGACAGCUGCCGUAUGUCACAGGAAGUGAGGUCAGAUACCCUGUCUAACCCCAGCUCUCCAGAGAUCUGCCCCAAUAAGGAGAGGCCUCCGAGCAAGCUGAAGGAGUGCAGCGGCCGGACGAACAUCUCCCGUUCUUCCAGCAGUACCAGCAGCUUCAGCAGCGCCGCCGGGGAGGGCGAGGUCCUCGAUGAGCUGGACAGCAGCAGUGCUGGGAGCAGCCAACCCUCCAUGGCUUCUUCAUCUGUGUACAGCCCCUCCCUCGGUGUGGACAGCCUGGUGGCACCAGCCAUCAUGUGCCGCAGUCCCACAGAUGUAAAGAGUAAGAUGUCGCCGAGGUCCAACUUAAAGUUUCGUUUUGACAAGCUGAGCCACUCUACAGCAGGACACUAGAGCCGUUAUGUACAGAAGACAGAGUUGCUGGCAGCUGGUGAGAAUGGGGUGAUGUCAUACUAGAAGAGACCACUUCAGAAGCUGGAAGCACUGAAGAAGGAACUCUUAAGGUUAAUGUAAUUAUCGCACUGUCCUCAACCAAGAACAGAAGAGGAUCAUCGUCCAAAAUGUUUAGAAAGAUGUUGCGCGUCGGCAGUGUAGCUGUUGCCACAAAUUCACUUGGCAUCACCAAUUUGGCUAUGAUUGUCCAAAACAAUCUGACAUGACAUUGCCAAGUGAAAGAGCAACAGCGAGCAAUUAAAGACUUAAUUAGAUAAUGCUCCAGUAGUCAGCUCUGCAUUUUGUCAACCUAAGCUUCCUCUAGUUUCGUCUCUUAGUAACGUCUCAGAUUUUGUGUAGCCUUGAAUUCUUUGUGGUCUCAUUGAACUUUUAGCUUUUAGCUGCUGUGACGAUGUUCAGAGAGAGUAGAGUGAUGCGGUUGGAAAUGUAAAAAGCACAGCACCAGUGUCAUUCCAAAUCACACCAAAGACUUUACAGAAAUGACAGGGCGGGGCUCAGUGUCAGGCCAGUGGCGGGGUAACUGGCUUAUCUGGUAAAUUGUCAGAUUUAAGGUAGUCUGGACAAAAUGUAAGUGAAUGAAUGUGAAGUCCAUUUAAAUUGUGUUACCUUAAAUCCGACAAGUUAUCCCGAUAAGCCAGUAACUCCGCUUCGUAGUACAGACCACUGGUCUCCUAUCAGCACAAUCAGAACCUCUAACAGACUCCAGCUCAUUCCUGUCUCACAAUCACACUCUGUGUGAUUCUCAGGGACAUUGCUUCUUAAUGGCCUAACUCUGGUCAUUAAAACAAACACUAUCUCCGUUCAUCACUAAUAAAAGGAACCUCCCUGCAAAGUGCCAUUAAAAUGCCUUGAAACUUUAUCCCUUGCUGCCGCUAAUGUUGUUCCGUGUAAGUUCGGCCGCCAUUGGCUUCAUCCUGCGAAAUGACAUGCAGCUAUGUGAAAAAUAAAGUGCAGUUUCUAGAGCUCCGGGUCCAUCUAGUGGUCACCAGUGCAAAUUACACUAAAAUGUAGACUGAUGGGGGGGGGGAAAGUUACUUCAUUUAACAUUCAUUUAAAAAUUAUCAGAAUGAAUGCAUACCUGUAACAUCUAAGCACGAUUACAUACACGUAUGAUAUUCAGUGCAAUAAAUUGUUCAGUUGUUUUAAAGGGGCAGUAUACAUGAAAGUCAGGAUACCUCAAAUCUAGACAAUUAAAUUAAACAGCAAAUACUGACACUUUAUUUUAAAGAUGGCUGUAAACCAUUUUUGUUUCUCGUGUUGUAUGUUACAUAACAUUUGUAAUAACACCCUUCACUCUUUAGCGCGCUAUCCCAAUUGUCGAGAUGAAAAUAUCAUUUUAUUCAAAAUCAGCGUGUCACCAAAAUAACACGUGUUACUGUUGUGCGAAUAGAAUGCAAACACAGUUUCCAGGUCUUGGUUGGCGAUGCAGAAAUCUCAUGCUGUCCUACAGAGAAAGUCCUUCUGCCUGCAUUGUGUGUAUAAAGAAUAUAUUUAUUGCUAUUUUAGCUUAUUUCCUUUUAUGGUGUCAUGUUAAAAUGUAAUUACAGAGUAAAAAUUAAUUUAAAUAGAAAGGUAAUGUAAAUGUAUAUUUGGGUAUGUAAUGUGCAAUGGAAAUUUUACUACAAAUAAAAUGUUGUAUUUUGUGUGA